UUGAGCAAGAGAAACAUCAUGAAUACGCUAUACAUUGCUGGAAUUAUUUGUCAGCUGUCAAGCUUUACAGGCGUCUCUUAUGCUCAGUGUGACCCGACAGGGUAUCCUAAAUGUCUAGCCGGGGUUCAACUUCCGCAAGGGGAAACAACAAGAGAUGUCAAUUGCACAGCUUUGAGACAGGUAGCAAGCUGUCUUGAACCAUUCAAAAGUUCUUGUGCAUCAAAUACAGACUUCCAGAGCAUUUUACAGACAAUCAAUAUAACAUGUGGUGAUUCUAGCUGCGACUUAAUCACGUGCUUGACAGACAUGGGAAUAGAUUUUGGAAGUUUACAAAGCGAUCCAGAGAAAGUUAACUGGAAUAUUGCUUUAUCAUAUUUUCUUUUUCCCAGCGAGAGUUUUCGUGCAGCGCAGCCUUGCGUUGAAAGCCAAAAGAAUGUUUGUGAGGGAAACACAAUCUUCGAAAUAGCUGCAGGUUAUAUUCCGCAAUUAGAGUCAAGGUGUGGCAGAGGGGGUUCCCAAGCGUUUCAACCCAUCUACAAAACCAAUUUGAAGCCUCGAAGAAACUAGAGACCCAAGGGUUUAACAUUCACCUAAGUAUAGUGAAACAUUGUAAAUAAUCCAUAGAUUGAAUAUAAAAUAAAACAAAAUAAGCUGAUAUAUGGACUAUGCUAUGUUGCCCAAAAGCAAGAAAAAUAGGAAUACAAGGGAUCACCAAAAUAAUUUAAUGCUCAGUAACAAAUCUGAAGGUUGAUCUAUUUACUUACCUGUACUCGUCCCCGUUUGUCACUAUCCCCAUGCAAACAAAACAAAACAAUAGUUCUUGAGAAAUAUUUAUAAAUCCAUCUCAUAUCCUCUCACAUUGGCCUCCAGCUCUUGGUCUUUUAUGAACAUUUAACAUUUUUAUUUAUCUAUUAUUUACAAUUCUACCUGACCAUUAAAUACUAUGA